AUGGUGGACUAUAAGCAGGUGCUAGCGAGCACAACACUGCAACCUUCAAGGCUCGAUUACAUAGAGCUGCUUCAGCAGGACGUUAAGCAGAUACAGGAUAGAUCUUUUGAAGGGGUUCAAGCUUUGGAAGACUCGGAGGAUGCCUCUAGAACUCCCUCAGCCCAGAUACCCCAAAGCUACGCCCAUCAGUUGAUGCUUCCCUACAGUGUCCCCUGCACUCUCUCCAUCUCGCCUAGUUUGGGUGGUUACCCAGUGUUGCCUGAACUUGCAAUGAGUCUGAGAAAGAUAUUGUUUGGAAACACAUUCUACAUCUUCAGCUAUGAAUGGAAGAAAUCAUUCUUUAAGUUUAGGAAGCCCUGCUCAGCCCUGUCCUAUGCUCUGGAGGCAGAAAAGGGUGGACCCCGUGCUAUUCAAAUGGCUGUCCAGGCCCAUAUUAUUAAGCACCUGCUUUUUACCCAGUCAGCAGACCCAGAACGCUGCAACAUGGAGGCUUUGGGGAAGGUGAGUGAGAGAGAACAGGAAAAUGCUCUAGCUACUGCACUAGCUGACAUAUUAUGGAAAGCUGGUGAGAACUGUACUGCCACUGUUGCCUUGGUUACAUCAGAGCACUGUUUUACACCCUGUCUAGACUACAAACCGGACAACUUCACAGAAAGGUUGCAACUUUUUAUCUUCAAAAAGAAAGAAAAAAUGAAGAUAUUCAUUGGUGAACAUAUUCAAUGUUUCAAUGAGGAGGGAAGCCAUGGGGUCAUCCUUUUUCUGUAUAGCCUAAUCUUCUCCAGGUCCAUGGCUCGGUUACAAGAAGACUUGGAUCUCACCACUACUCAUCUCUUAUACUUCAGUGUGGGGAACUUUGUUUGUCACCAGGCUCUUCUAAACCUGUUGUUGACGGGCCGUGCCAGUCCUAAUGUCUUCAAUGGAAGACAGUUGCAUGAUGAGCAUGGUACCUCACUGGUGCAUCCUCUCAAUGGUGUUCUGACCCGCGGUGACGUGGGGUACCUAUACUGGAGCCGAGAGCAGACAGAACACGCUGCAGAGACUGUGGUUGGAAGUAUGCUAAAGACCCCAAAACUACCUAUUUGGGUUUGCAACAUCAAUGGCACUUACAGUGUUCUGUUCAGUACUAAACGAUCUUUGCUGUCCGACUGGAAGAUGGAACAUCACUUUCACCUCUGCUUCUAUAAUGGCCAACCAAGUCAAGGCAAUACUACAGUGCUUACCAUAGAUACACAUUCCCAUCACUGGGAGGCCAGAAGGGGUGAUCAUGGAGACCCAGAGAGGAGGUUCCCCUCAGUGGAGAUGACCAUCCGGACAAAGUGGGAGGGAGCUGCAGUUGAUUGGAAUGGGACAGUGCCAUUUUUCUGAGGAACUCUGAACCGUUCAGAUGUCUUGUAAGAGCAUGCGCUUAAUCAGUUAAUAGCUUUUUAUACAACACUAAAAGCUACUUUUUGAUCUGUUAUGAAAAAUGCAUUACAUUUCUAGAUUACUUUUUUUUUUUUUUGCAUCACUGA